UGAAGGGACGGCAGUGGGGAAGAUGGCGGCCGGCUUGGGACCCUCUGGGUGCUGGCAGCGGUGGGGACAUCAUUUGUCUGCUCGGAAUGGGUCCAAGAUGUUGCUCCUGCUUCUUUUGUUGGGAUCUGGGCAGGGGCCACGGCAAGUCGGGGCGGGUCAGACGUUCGAGUACUUGAAACGGGAGCAUUCGCUGUCGAAGCCCUACCAGGGUGUGGGCACGAGCAGUUCCUCACUGUGGAAUCUGAUGGGCAAUGCUAUGGUGAUGACCCAGUAUAUUCGACUUACUCCAGAUAUGCAAAGUAAACAGGGUGCUCUGUGGAACCGGGUGCCAUGUUUCUUGAGAGACUGGGAGUUGCAGGUGCACUUCAAAAUCCAUGGUCAAGGGAAGAAGAACCUGCAUGGUGAUGGCUUGGCAAUCUGGUACACAAAGGAUCGGAUGCAGCCAGGGCCUGUGUUUGGAAACAUGGACAAAUUUGUGGGGCUGGGAGUAUUUGUAGACACCUACCCCAAUGAGGAGAAGCAGCAAGAGCGGGUAUUCCCCUACAUCUCAGCCAUGGUGAACAAUGGCUCCCUCAGCUAUGACCAUGAGCGAGAUGGGCGACCUACUGAGUUGGGGGGCUGUACAGCCAUUGUCCGCAAUCUCCAUUAUGACACCUUCCUUGUGAUUCGCUAUGUCAAGAGGCAUUUGACGAUAAUGAUGGACAUCGAUGGGAAGCAUGAAUGGAGGGACUGCAUUGAGGUGCCUGGGGUCCGUCUGCCGAGGGGCUACUACUUCGGCACUUCUUCCCUCACUGGGGAUCUCUCGGAUAAUCAUGAUGUCAUUUCCCUGAAGUUGUUUGAGCUGACAGUAGACAGAACUCCAGAGGAGGAGAAGCUGCAUCGCGAUGUGUUCUUACCCUCGGUGGACAAUAUGAAGCUGCCUGAGAUGACUGCCCCACUGCCGCCUCUGAGUGGCUUGGCCCUCUUCCUCAUUGUCUUUUUCUCCUUGGUGUUUUCUGUCUUUGCCAUUGUCAUUGGCAUCAUACUCUACAACAAAUGGCAGGAACAGAGUCGAAAGCGCUUCUACUGAGCCCUCCUACUACACCAC